CGUCAUCGGUAUUGUAGUAUUUACACAAGUACCUUGGUGAACUUUGCUGGAGCUAGGGUAAAUUCGCGUAUCUGCUAGAAAACGGUUGAACCUGUAAAGAUAACGACAGGCACUGAUCUGAACCGAAACUGAUCUCAGGAUAAUUUGGCACGUGUUAUUCUCCGAAACAGUGCAUUCUUAGCUCUGCUUAUAAAACGGUCCAAGUGUAUUCGAACAACCGGGACACGCGAAUGCAGCCUACUAGUCUCAACAAAUUUUGCCACAUUAAACUUUUAUCUAGCAUCCUUUGAUACGUCUGGAAGUUGUCACAGCUCAUAUACAAUGCCUGAAAAUGUAAACAUCAAAGUUGUGGGUCGCUGCCGAACUUUGACCCCUGAAGAGGCCAACAAAGGGGCAAAGACAGUGGUGAGGGUGUCUGGUGACAAGAUAUCCGUGGAAACAGGUGGAAAGGAACAAUCCUUUAGUUUCGACGGAGCUUAUGGCAGUGAUGUUAAAAAUGACCAGAUUUUCAAGGAGAAAUGUGAGCCAGUGCUGCAGAGAGCCUUGGAAGGUUACAAUGUUACAUUUAUGGCUUUCGGCAUGACGGGGUCCGGAAAAAGCUACCUAAUGAACGGUACUGAUAGCGAACCCGGAAUAGCUCCUAGUGUGAUAAGGAGAGUGUGUCAGAUGAUGGCAGAGAAAAGCAACCGGGAAUUCUUCACCACUGUGUCCUACCUGGAGGUUCUUGAUGAUAAGAUGACUGACCUUCUUAAUCCACACAACAACCCCAUGAAGAUCAGACAGCAUCCACAUAAAGGAAUAUUCGUGGAGGGACUGGCGGAGUUGGUAGCAUCAGGAUAUGAUGACAUGCUACGACUGUAUGAACAGGGAACACGGGCCAGGAAGAUGGGGGCCACUGACCUACAAGCCCACAAAGCUAGAGCCCACGCAUUGUUUACCAUUGUAAUGGAGCAGAGAGAGCGACAGUCCAGUAAGGUUGGAGUUCGAUCCGUCAUCACCCUCGUCGAUCUGGCAG